AUGCCGUCCUCCUCCAUCGAUCCCGCCAUCCUCGCCGCACUCAACAUAGACAAGGACAACGCCACAAUCUCAUCCGUCGGCGGCUCAGGCUUCUCAUCCACCUUUAAGCUCUCCACCACCAACAAAGAUGGCGAGCCAUUCGACUACUUUAUCAAGACGGGCUCCGGCGAAGGCGCAAGAAUAAUGUUCCAAGGCGAACACGCCUCCCUCAACGCAAUCCACGACACCGUCCCCAACUUCUGCCCCAAAUCAUACGCCCACGGCCCCAUGGCCCAGCAGCCCGACAAGCACUUCCUCGCCACCGACUUCCUCCGCCUCGGCUACGCCCAGUCGGAGGGCUCCGGCGUCUCCUUCGCCGCCAAGCUCGCCAGGCUGCACUCCACGCCCGCGCCCGUCCCCGAGGGCUUCGACCGCCCCGUGUUCGGCUUCCCGGUGCCGACGUGCUGCGGGGACACGCAGCAGGAUAACUCGUUCAAGACCUCCUGGGCCGACUUCUACGCCGACAACAGGCUGCGCUUCAUCAUGAGGCGCAUCGUCGAGAACCAUGGGCCCGACGACGAGGCGGCCGACAUGGUGGAACGAGUGGCCGGCAAGGUCGUCCCGCGGCUGGUUGGAGAUGAGCGUAUGCGGAUCACGCCCGUGGUGGUGCAUGGCGAUCUCUGGAGCGGCAAUCAUUCCUCGGGUCAGAUUGCCGGCAGGGGCGGGCGCGAGGAGGUUGUCUUUGACCCUUCCUGCGUCUACGGCCACUCGGAGUAUGAGCUCGGCAUCAUGAGGAUGUUUGGCGGCUUUGGGACUUCUUUCUGGAGCGAGUACGAGAAGCUGAUGCCCAAGGCGGAGCCCAAGGGCGAGUGGGAUGACCGCGUCAUGCUCUACGAGCUAUAUCACCACUUGAACCACUACUCGAUAUUCGGAUCAGGGUACCGUGGAGGGGCCAUGUCCAUCAUGAAGAAGCUGGUAUCCAGAUACGGUAGCUAA